AAAUAAUGUCAGAUGAAGUCAGUCCUUGUCAAGCUUUGGUCAUUUAAGACAUAAGUCUAAGAAUUCAGUACAUUUGAAUCCAUUUUGACAAAUGAAUGAACGGAAACUGUGUUUCAUUGUUACAUUUAUUAAUUUGUUAAAGUGUUCUGUUGUUAAUGAACAUUCUUGAUUCCGUCAGUGAAUCUCGAUCGGUUCAUGUCAAGUUUUGGUCAAAUUUGACAAUAUAAGAGAUUAUACAUGAAAGGAUAAGAAUGAAGUUUAAUAAUUCCAUCAGUCCAUAAUGGUGUCAUGCAUGAAUGUAAAUUAUGUUUCACUGUAUCAUUUGUUGGGUGUCUUCCCUUAUUUGUUAAGGUGCUGAUCCUAAACAUUCUUGAUCUGGACAGCAUGCUUGAAAGACAAUGUUUAAAAUGAGUCAAGUUUUGGUAAAAAAAAGACGUUACUUUGAACUGAUUUUUUUACAUUUCUGAGGAAUCAUUGAAUUAAUUUAGAUAGAGGAUGGUGAUCAGAUCUCUUAGUUUUCCUACCUGAUAUUUUUGUUACAUUUCACUUAUGGUUACAUUUGUUUUAUUUCAUGGGCUCAUUAGUCUUGUAAUUGUUUGUGUUGUGGUAUUUUGCAUUAUUGUGCCGUAUUGUGGGUUGUUUCUUUAGUACUCCACACAUAUGCAAUAACACUAAUCUAGCCUGAGAAGGUCUCCUGCUUCAUGAAGCCUGACAUCAGUGGUCUGAAAGGUCCUGAUUUCACGAUAUUGUCCUGUUUAAGAGGAUGCCUUCUCAUAAUGAAAAGGGGCUAUUUAUAGUCAGGGAUCUGAAUGUGAAACGAGCCCUUUACCAGCUGAGUUAUGCAAAAGCACUCUAAAGCAAGAGCUUCUCAUUGAAAAAGGGAGGUUUUGUUGUUAGUGGAUUUCAUGGUUGUGUGUGUGUAUGUGUGCUGCAGGGCUAACUGCAGUACAUCCCACAGUUAAGGCUCUUUCAUCUGGGAGAGACUAUGACUCAUCCAUGAUGGGAAAUCCCUCACAUCCAUAAUGUUGUUCUCAUUCUGUUGCUUAGCCCAGCGAUCAAUAGGGGAGCAGGCCAAUGUAUAAUGAGCUAGAGGAUCAGAGAGUUACUCGCCCUCCACAAUGGCUCAGAAAUAGCCCUCACUUUAACCCCGGCACUAGUUACUGUUUACUGCUUAAUGAUCUGUGGGUGACAAAUGAAUGCUAAAAAAAAUGUCUCUCUCUCUCUCUUACUGUGAAUUUAAUUAACACUCAAACAGAUACAUUUAAAUGUGUUACCACAGUGUGCAUGGACUGUUGAGUAAUGAUAGACUGGUAUAUUUGUCAGGCCGAUUAAUCGGCAAACAUUUGGCCAUUUUGAGAUUAUCGUAUCUGCCGAUAACUGUGACCGAUAGGCUGAUUUACAGAAGAGGUUAUUCUGCCAGUUCUGAAAUCUACAGACAGUCAUGGCAAUGAAUAUGUAACACAACUUCACAGAAGAAGGGAAGGAGAACACAGGGAAGCGGGUUUUCCAGGCUCAGGUACUUUGUCCUGGACCCUGAGCUUGGCCAGCUGCAGUAUUUCAUCAAUGAGCAUAGUAAGAACCAGAAGCCGAGAGGCUCCCUGCCCCUCAUCGGCUCCUCAGUGGCCCCAAGCGACGAGUUUCCUUUCAUGUUCACAGUCUUUGCUGCAAAUGGAGAUCUCUUCAAACUGCGAGCUAAUAAUGCCAGCGAACAGCAGAUGUGGAUGACCCAACUUCAGCUAUGUGCCCGCCGCCACUCAGAUAGCAGUGCCAAGGGCUGCACCUCCUCUUCCUCCUGCAACACCUCCUCCACCUCCCCCUCUGCCGGCCGGACCCGCAGCUUCUCCCAGCACCUGCAACCUGUCUUGCAGUCCUCAAACUCCUCCGCCCAGAGACAGACCCCCCAGCAUGGGACACCUGCCUCUGUCAUCACCAUCACCCACCACAGGUCCCCCACCGCCAGUCAAAGGGCCUGCAGUCAGCACCCUGCAGGACUGCACCAGGUCAAAGAGGUCAUGUCCCAGGCAGAGGGCCAACAGAAGAACCUGGUGAAUUCCAUCGAGUCCCUGCCGAGCCGUGGGCCAUUGUCCUCCCUGGAUCAGGAUCUGCUCCUGCUCAAGGCUACGUCUGCAGCCACGCUCAGUUGUCUGGGAGAGUGCCUGAGUAUCCUUCAGCACAAUGUGUGCCAGGCGGCCCAACACAUCACCCACAGCCACACUCAGGGACCCAAUUCAGAUAACAUCUCUGGCUGGUCAAGGCCCAAGGCUCCCUCAGAAGACCAAGUGAAGAACGGAGAAUUAACAGGCCACAACACCUUUGUUAGACAUCAACCCCAUUCGCCAGCACACAGGAACAAAGAACAUCUUAUAGACUCUGAGAACUCCAGCCCAGAAUCAGUGGAUCACAGCGAGGAGAUCACAGACACAGAAGACAACGAAGAGGAAGACCUGGGAGUUUUGGAUGACCAGAGGAGUGUCAUUCUUCAUCUGCUCUCUCAGCUCAAACUGGGCAUGGACCUUACACGGGUGGUGCUGCCUACAUUUAUCUUAGAGAAGCGUUCCCUUUUGGAAAUGUAUGCCAAUUUUAUGGCCCACCCGGAUGUGUUCUUGGCCAUCACAUCUGGAUCCACGCCUGAGGAACGUAUCAUCCGGUUUGUGGAAUACUACCUGACCGCUUUCCACGAGGGCCGUAAGGGUGCUGUGGCCAAAAAGCCUUACAACCCCAUUCUAGGGGAGAACUUCCACUGCACAUGGGACGUAGCCCGAGAUAAAGUGCAACCUCUCAGGACUACAAGCUCAAGCCCAGCUCCUUCGGCCUCCCAGUCUGUCCAAACUGCUUCCAAUGAUGGGGUAGGAGCUUACCGGUUACGUUUUGUGGCUGAACAAGUGUCCCACCACCCUCCAGUCUCUGGAUUCUACUGUGAGUGCAAGGAGCGUAGGACAUGCGUCAACACCCAUGUCUGGACUAAAAGCAAGUUCAUGGGCAUGUCCAUAGGAGUGUCAAUGGCUGGAGAAGGAGUGUUACACCUCUUGGAGCAUGAUGAGAAGUAUGUGUUCACGCUGCCCUCUGCCUACGCCCGCUCCAUCCUCACAGUACCCUGGGUGGAGUUGGGUGGAAAAGUUUCCAUCUGCUGCGCCAAAAGUGGAUACUCUGCCGCCGUCACAUUCCAUACCAAACCGUUCUAUGGAGGAAAAGUUCACAGAGUCACAGCUGAGGUAAAACACAAUCCGACUGGCACCAUUGUGUGUAAGGCUCAGGGGGAGUGGAAUGGGACCCUGGAGUUCACCUACAGCAGCGGAGAGACCAAAGUGAUUGACACAUCCAAACUGCCAGUCAUUAGGAAGAAGAUCCGCCCACUGGAGAAGCAGAGCCAGUUUGAGUCAAGGCGGCUGUGGCAGCAUGUGACAACGGCACUGAAGACGGGGGACAUUGAUCUGGCCACAGAACACAAACACCAGCUGGAGGAGAGACAGAGGAGGGAAGGGAAGCAGAGAGCAGCCAGCGGCACCCCCUGGAAACCCAAAUACUUCAUCAAAGAGGGGGAAGGAUGGGUGUACCACAAUCCUCUAUGGAAGACAAAGUGACAAGGACACCUGGAGCCACAUGAUAUUACUCCAUCACAGACCCCAAGGUGGGGCAGGGGGCAACCAAAUGGACACUCGGCACGAUCCAUUUCUCCAGCACUUCUUACAGAAAGUGCCAAAAACAAUAAAGUCAAACAAAUGGACAUAAGGGUGGUUAAAAUACCUCAAAAUCCCCUUGGGAUGAUUGAGAUUUGGAUGUGAAGUCCUGAAAUGACAUUGUGUGACCUUGUACAAUAUCUUUAUAUUUGUAUAUUACUUCUAGUAAUCAGUACUAAGUAGUGAUUAUUCAUACAAGAGAGAGAUUUAGCAUCUGUAUCACUAGCUGUUAUAUUUGAUAAUGAUUAAAUAGAGGCAGAUGUUGAUGCUGGAGGUAUAUGUGUGUUGUACAGUAUAUUUAUGUAAAAGUGACCUUGCCCCUCAUUUUGUAAUGAUUUGACUUGAAUGGCUGAAUACAUUUCAGUUGACUAAGUUAUCUGCAUUACUGUAUUGUACUUUCACUCUGGUGAUUUCUGAAGGCUUUGAAGUAAGCUCAGCUUAAAAAAAAAAUAAAUAAAAAAUCAAUGGAUAUUUAAAGGAAUUGUUCUCACAAAAAUGAAAAUUCUCUAAACAUUCUCACCCUCAUGCCAUCCCAGAUGUGUAUUACUUUCUUCUUUCUGCUGAACACAAAGAUUUUUAGAAGAAUAUUUCAGCUCGGUAGGUCCUUACAAUGCAAGUAAAUUGGUACCAAAAUUUUAA